GGCGUAGUCUUGCAGGAUGCACAGCGAAACGACGAGUGGACUUACCCUAUGAUCUUCAAACACGUCGAAAAGAGGAGGACUCAUCAAGUUAUGGAACAAAUAGAGCUGCAACUUCUCCAGGAAGAAGCCACGUUGAAAAAUUAAGGCUACCGCAGAUGCAUCGUCCUGCGCGCCAUCCUCGACCUCUUUUUCAAGUAGGAGAAGAGACCAAGGAUGCUACGAGGGAUGCGACGCGGCAGCUCUAAAACAAGCUGCGUUCGUUGAGCCUGGUACUGAC